AUGUUGAAUUUCACCCAAUUUCAAUCCAAGCCAACCCCAACCUCCAAUUCAAAUCGCUUCUCUAAUCUCACCAACCCCACUAGCAGCACCAGCCACCGCCGCCAUUUCUCUGUGUCUUCUCCGUCACAAGUCAGCCACCACCAUAGCCACUGUCGUCUGAGUAUCAAAGCUAUUGAUGCUGCACAGCCUUGUGAUUAUGAAGCAUCGGUGUCAAAUCAAUAUGCCAUGUUGUCUUUCACCCCACUUCAAUCCAAGCCAACCCCAACCUCCAAUUCAAAUCGCUUCUCUAAUCUCACCAACCCCACUAGCAGCACCAGCCACCGCCGCCAUUUCUCUGUGUCUUCUCCGUCACAAGUCAGCCACCACCAUAGCCGCUGUCGUCUGAGUAUCAAAGCUAUUGAUGCUGAACAGCCUUGUGAUUAUGAAGAAUCGGUGUCAAAUCAAUAUGCUCAGUUUGGUAGGCUAAAAAUUGCUAUAGUGGGGUUUGGUAAUUUUGGUCAAUUUCUUGCAAAGUCCUUUGUUACUAAAGGUCAUAUUGUGUUGGGUUAUUCAAGAGCAGAUUAUUCCCAAAUUGCUAAUUCUUUAGGGGUUUCUUUUUUCCAAGAUCCACAUGAUCUUUGUGAGGAACACCCUGAUGUUAUUGUUCUUUGUACUUCAAUAAUUUCAACUGAAACUGUUCUUAGGUCAUUACCAAUUCGAAGGCUGAAGAGGAACACAUUGUUUGUUGAUGUUUUAUCUGUUAAAGAAUUUCCAAAGAAUAUUUUUCUUCAAGUUUUGCCUACCCAUUUUGAUAUUCUUUGUACUCAUCCCAUGUUUGGACCUGAAAGUGGUAAGGAUAGUUGGAAAGAUUUGAUCUUUAUGUUUGAUAAAGUUCGAAUUGGUAGAGGGAGAUCAAGAACAGCAAGGGUUGACAAGUUUCUUGAUAUAUUUGAGAAAGAAGGGUGUAGGAUGGUGCCAAUGACAUGUGCUGAGCACGAUAAGCAUACUGCCGGUUCGCUGUUUAUUACGCAUACAAUGGGGAGGGUGUGGGAGAAGUUGGGUUUGGAGACAACUCGUAUUAAUACGAAGGGGUAUGAGACUUUGUUGAAUCUGGUGGAUAAUACUUCUAGUGAUAGCUUUGACUUGUACUAUGGGCUGUUUAUGUAA